GGAAAAAGGGGCAUGGCCGCUGAGCCACUCAGCAUCUGUACCAAACGAUGAAGGUUGUGUAGGAUUCAACGGUUUUAUCUACAAAUUUAUGAAAUCAGAAGAGCGUCUGCAAUCAUGUAUGGUUUUGUGAAUCACGCCUUGGAGCUUCUGGUUUUAAGGAAUUACGGUCCGGAAGUGUGGGAGGACAUCAAGAGGGAGGCUCAGCUCGAUAUCGAGGGUCAGUUCCUUGUAAGAAUCAUUUAUGAUGAUGCCAAAACAUACGACCUUGUUGCUGCUGCAAGUAAAGUUCUCAAGAUUGAUGCAGGGGCCAUCUUGCAGAUGUUUGGGAAGAUGUUUUUUGAAUUUUGCCAAGAGUCUGGAUAUGACACCAUCCUGCGAGUGUUAGGAUCAAACGUUCGAGAAUUCCUGCAGAAUUUGGAUGCCCUACAUGACCACCUGGGUACCAUUUACCCCGGGAUGAGAGCUCCCUCUUUUCGCUGCACUGAUGCAGAGAAGGGCAACAACCUGAUCCUCCACUAUUACUCAGAGAGAGAAGGCCUGCAGGACAUUGUGAUCGGCAUCAUUAAAACUGUCGCUCAACAAAUCCAUGGAACAGAGAUAGAGAUGAAGAUGAUCCAACCAAAAAGCGAGGAGUGUGACCACAUAAAGUUCCUGAUAGAGGAGAAAGAUUCAGAGGAGGAGGCGUUCUACGAGGACCUGGACGGCUACGAGGAGAACGGCACACAGGAGACCCGUAUCAGCCCGUACACGUUUUGCAAAGCCUUCCCGUUCCACCUCAUGUUUGACAAAGACCUGAUGCUAACACAGUGUGGGAAUGCCAUUUAUCGAGUUCUGCCUCAGCUCCAGCCUGGUACCUGUAUCCUCCCUUCAGUUUUUUCCUUGGUGCGCCCUCACAUUGACUUCAGUUUUCAUGGCAUCCUCUCUCACAUCAACACUGUCUUCGUUCUGCGAAGCAAGGAGGGCCUGCUGAAUGUAGAGACCGUGGAGAAUGAGGACGAGCUGACGGGGGUGGAGAUCAGCUGUCUCAGAUUGAAAGGACAGAUGAUUUACUUGCCAGAGGCGGAGAACAUCCUUUUUCUCUGCUCACCCAGUGUUAUGAACCUGGAUGAUCUGACACGGAGGGGGCUGUACCUGAGCGACAUCCCACUACACGACGCCACACGUGACCUGGUGCUGCUGGGCGAGCAGUUUCGUGAGGAGUACAAGCUGACCCAAGAGCUGGAAAUCUUGACAGAUCGCCUGCAGCACACACUCCGAGCCUUGGAAGACGAGAAGAAAAAGACAGACAGAUUGCUCUAUUCCGUUCUGCCACCAUCAGUUGCUAACGAGCUGCGGCACAAGCGGCCUGUCCCGGCCAAACGUUACGACAACGUGACCAUCCUCUUUAGUGGCAUCGUGGGAUUCAAUGCCUUCUGCAGCAAGCACGCCUCGGCUGAGGGGGCCAUCAAGAUUGUCAACCUGCUCAAUGAUGUUUACACACGCUUUGACAUCUUGACUGACUCUCGGAAUAAUCCUUAUGUAUACAAGGUGGAAACAGUAGGUGACAAGUACAUGACGGUGAGCGGCCUGCCGGAGCCAUGCACACACCAUGCCAAGUCAAUUUGCCACCUCGCUCUUGAAAUGCUGGAGAUCGCUGGUCAAGUAAAAGUAGACGAUGAACCAGUACAGAUAACCAUUGGAAUCCACACAGGAGAAGUAGUGACUGGAGUGAUUGGCCAGAGGAUGCCCAGAUAUUGCCUUUUUGGAAAUACAGUCAACCUCACAAGUCGUACAGAAACUACUGGUGAAAAGGGGAAAAUUAAUGUCUCGGAGUAUACCUACAGGUGUUUGCAGUCAGCUGAGAACGCUGACCCUCAGUUUCAUUUGGAGUAUCGUGGCCCUGUAACCAUGAAAGGAAAGAAGGAACCAAUGAAGGUGUGGUUUUUGUCCAGGAGGCCCACUGACAUAGAGUCCACCUCAGUUAAAGCUUAACAGCUUUCAGAUCCAAGACUAAACUCACAGAGUGUCAAGAGGUAGAGUGUUCAGAUGAGCUGUACAGGUCUAGUCUAAGUUUUGGUAUAAUUGUGUGCAUUCUGAAGCAGGAAUGAGAUGAUUCAGGUGAAGCAAACAGAAAAGAACAUCAAUGAACAGAAAAGCAGACAUUUUAUAUCAGGCAGACGCUGUCUGGAGUGGUUUGAGUCCAUACAUCACUUGCCCUGCUUAUAUUAGCUUUACAAUGAUCAGUCAUGACUACAAUGUUUUUGUUCAGCAGAUUCAGAUUAUUAAAGUGUUCCUUAAUAAGUUAAGGUAAAUGAUACAUUAUGGUACAUCCAAGUAUGGUACUUUCUUGAACAGAGUAUUGUCACAUUGUUAUGUUUUUUUCAUAUGUAAGAUUAUUUAAUGUUUUUAGCUGCUAUAGUUCUCUUAUUUGUUCUAAAGCAAGUAAAAAACAUCAAUAAUUUAAAGUCAUUUCACUUUAAGAGAUAAAGUCUUGCUUUUAAACUGAACUUAUACUUUAACACGACAUUAUAUUAGUGCCAUAGAAGAACUGUCACUGUUUGACCUGUUUUUGUUCACUGGAUGUAAGAGUUGUGAAAUUUUACACUGAAUAUUUUUCUCUGUUUUCCAGACCAUUACAGAAAAGUAAUUUAGAUACUAAAGUAUUUGUAUUUAGAUUUAUACCACCAUGGUCAACUGUUCUUUUGCACAAAAGCUACUGUGAUAACUAAAUUCAUAUUUUGACUCAGAAAGAAUCAAAGACAGAUUUAAUUAUUUUCAUAAAAGUCACAAGUGAUAAAUAUUACAAACACUAAAUGUGAUGUAUUCACUGAAGUAUAAAGUCUUAUCAUAAAAAAUAGUAUUACAAGCUAUUUUUAUUCAACAUAAGGAAAGCACAUUUACUUAUUUGUGUGCUUCUUUGAAAUAUUGCUUUUCAUUUAAACAAAACAAUAUUCUGUACAAUUUACUAUUUAUUGUUAACAGUGUAAAUGGUAUUUAUUCUUUUUUUUCCCUUUAUAAACUGUGAUUAAUAUGAAUUUUAGAAAACAGAAUAUAUAGUGACGUAGUACAUGAAAAAAGUAAACCUGAGUAUGGCUGAAAUUACUGUUUGUGCCUCUAUAUGUGCUAUUUUAAUUUAACACAAGAAAUGUACCACACCUUUUCAACUAAUUUUGUUCAGAGUCCUUUUUAACCCUCACUUAAUCCAUAUCGCAUCCUGUGUUUCAAACAAACAGGUGCCUUGUGCACUGUGUACAAGUGCAUUUAUGGAUUUGUAAGACAUGAUUGUUUUAUUUUAACACUGUUUAGGUUGAGAGGUAACUAAUAAAACUAUUGAGAA